CAAGACUACAGGACCAUGGCCUUUUGGACAUUGGACCAUAUACUGGACAAUAUUUUAGUAGCGUAUGCUAGUGGGUAUAAAUAGUCCAUUCGUGUUCCAUGAAGAACUGUGUUGCACAAUCGUAGGCCUAAUUGCUUACUAGAUAAUAUUGUCUGCAGACAUAAAAUAAUAAUCAUCAAUAAUUGAGUUGUAUCAGAUUUUAUUCCAAAUUGAGUAGGCUAAUGCAUGAUAAUUGUGAUUAAAUUGUGAUUAUAGGACUAAAUUCAUUUUGAGAGAUACAUUUGGUAAUGCUGGGAGUAGGACAAUUUAUUAUUUACUUCAGCAGACUACACAGCAACGGAAUUGAUCGACGACUGACUCGUUGGUUUACUUUUCGUCAUCGCGUUUCGGGAACGGGCGUAACUAACGUUCCAGGCCGCCUGCGUAUGCGAUCCAACACCGAUCGCCUGAUCUCAUCGGUAACUGACAAACAGGGAUGCAGGUUUGAGAGACCGUUACCGAAUACAGAGAUCGAGCCCGGGUGUGCAGCAGUAAACAGACUAUCCCUCUCUAUCGCCAUGCGGACGGAGUUCUAGGGGCUGCAGUACUGCUGUCCUGUCAGCUGUUUUUGUCUGGAGCAUCACCGUGAGGGCAAGAGAGAUAGGCUAACCGGAGCCACGGACCCCACCGAACGGCAGACCGAGGCUAUAGGAUGGAGUUCAAGCAGCUGGUGGAGGCGGCGGAGAAAUGGUGCUCCGGAAACCCCUUCGACUUGAUUUUUGCCGAAGAGGAGGAUGAGCGGCGACUUGACUUCUAUGCCGAGCCCGGGAUCUCCUUCUAUGUGCUGUGUCCCGACAAUUUGACAGGCGGCACCGACAAUUUCCAUGUGUGGAGUGAGAGUGAGGACUGCCUGCCCUUCCUGCAGCUAGCCCAGGACUACAUCUCAUCCUGUGGGAAGAAGACUCUCCUGGAAGUUCUUGAGAAGGUCUUCACAUCCUUCAGACCUCUCCUGGGUCUUCCUGACAUAGACGAGGACAGCUUUGAGCAGUACCAUGCCAACGUGGAGGAGGAACCAGAGACGGACCACCAGCAAAUGGGAGUCAGCAGCCAGCAGUGAUGCCCCAAGAUAAAGGCCCUGGCUGGGCUACCAGAGCUACCUGUGCCCCAGGCCUCUUCCCCAGCACUGACACACAGGCCCACAUUGUUCCAACUACACCCUAAUUUACAAACACCAAAGCAAAAUACACACACACAUACACACACACAAAUACACACACAUUUCAGCUUGUUGAAGUGCACUUGCGUUCUUAAAAGUCUCAACAGCUUUGCUUCUCAAAUAGUGGACUCUCAGUAGUCCCGUGCUGCCCAUUCAAACACACACACAUACAGUACAUUACACAUCAACUGGUUUAGUAACGCAGUUGUCAUUCAGUACAAGCUUAUUAUUAUUAUUAUUAUCAGUCUCAACCAGGCUAGUUACACGGUCAUGCAAUACAUCACUCACUUAAACACCUGGUCUUAAAAGUGAAUGCCUAUAUGUGGCAGAUAUUCUUUUCUGCCCUACAUGUGUUGAAGUAAGAUGACAAAAGAAAAAAAAGACAGAAAAAUUACACAAGACAGGUCUUUGAAUGUGAAGUGUAGAAUGUUUAGAAUUAGGCUGGAUCACGUUGUUUCAAGAUUCUUAACUUCUCAGAGUUAAGAAUGGAGUGACAGUAUAAUGUGGUGCAGAGGUAGCGAAGCACACAGCAGAGAGAGAGAGAGAGAGAGCAUUUUGAUUGAGUCUCUGUCAGCGGAUAGACUGUCCAACUUUGUAGUGUGAUUUAUAUCUUGUCAGUGUUUGACAUUGUUAAUUAAGUGUGGUCAAGCCUUCACCAAAACACACACACUGCUGAGACAAGAACGGGUUCUGUUAAUGGAGCUAACAGUCGGAUUUAAGUCGAAAACACAUUUACCUCUAGCAAGCAUGUCACACACGUCACCACAAUGAAUGCAGCCUUCCUUUGCCUCCCAGCCCUUCCCAACUCCUCAACUUUUUCCAUGGAAACCAAAGGUUGACUCCCCUCCACCCCUGCAGCUCUUGUUGAUGGACGCUGUUGACCUUUUGACCUGUCAUCAAAUAUUGUCUGGCCUCAUAAACUGGUUUUCUCUCCACACCUUCCUCAGUCUUCCUGCUUACGUGCUGUCUGUAGAACAGUCCUACAGACGCCCUGACUCUGUGAUCUUAAGUCAGUUUUUUUUUUGGCAUUGACAGCCUCAGUUCUGACAAUUGUACAAUUGGACAAGCAGUUCCUAAGUCAGUGUCUAGGAAUAACUGCUGAGGUCUACUCUGAGACCAGCCAUAGCUCCCCCCACCUCUAUUCUCUCGUUACGCCCCUCCUCUUCCUCCUCCUUUCUCUUUUCCUUUCACUCUGUCUUUCUCUUUAACUCUCUGUUUGGUUUGUUUAUAACUAAAGGUAAAGGUUGCCCUGAACCACAGACAUGAGAUCAGAUUACUGUAGAACUAUUGUUUACCUUAUCCUUCAUGGGCAUGAACUAUUACCUGGCCCUGUGCCUGUGUUAAGGGCAUACCUCCUCCGUUGUGAUUAUCGUUGAGUGUAUGUGACACGACCACUACCACUGCUAUGCUUUUGCCCCUGUAGCCUUCCGCCACCUGAUUCUGCAACACUUGUAACUAACUUUGACUAAUAAUAGCCUUCCUUGGCUUCUAAAUAUGUUUGUCUUGUUUGUUUGUUAUUUAUUUGAUUUGAUUGUUUAUGGUUAUUUAAAGUAUUCAUAUGAUCGGUGUUUUAUGUUUGUCCUAAUAUGUGUGUGAAAGUAUUAAAUAAAACGUGGUGAAGGGUGUGCGGAGUCUGA